CACGAGGAACCCAAUCGGGUUCCUCACGAUGAGGAACCUGAUCUGGGUUCCUCACGACGAACCCAAUUUGGGUUCCUCGAUGCUGGGUUCCUCACGACGAGGAACCCGAUUUGGGUUGUUCGACGAGGAACAUGAUCUGGGUUCCUCACGACGAACCCGAUCUGGGUUCCUCGUCAAGGAACCCAAAGCUGGGUUUCUCACGAUGAGGAACCCGACCUCGUCGAAUCCAGUUUGUACUUUUUUUUAGCCUUUCUUUUCUAUGAUUCUUUCUAGUUUUGAUAGAAUAAUAUGAUGAUGAUUUGAUUCUUUGAUGGGUUCUUAAAUUUUUUUGCAAGUGAAUUAAUUCUUUGAUGGGUUCUUAAAUUUUCUUAUUUUAUUAUUGUUGUAAUGUAGCUCUUUAGUUCCAUAUGGAGAAGAAACUUAUGUAGGAAUGUUAUUUCCCAAGCGGGGGUUUCCAUCUGGAUUUCCACGUAAAAAGAUUUCAUUGUGUGGCCGAAGGCCGACGUUUAUAGGAGAUUCAGUGCGACCUGGAAGUUUGGAAAUUCCUCUUUUUUUUUCUUUUUUUUUUCCUUCUUUAUGGAACACUGAGUCUUCAUUAACAAAUUUCAAGAAAUUCA